AUGGUGUCUCCAACACCACGGCCAUCCAACCUCAAAUAUGAAGAACAGCAGCUGCCGGAUGUUUUAAGGAAUUUUUCGAAAGUGACAUUGAAGGUGGUCAGUACCGUGACAUCAGAAACGAUCAUUAGUAUGCGUUUUCUGAAGAGGACGAUAUGUUGCUCCGUUUCCUCCCCAGCCUCCCCAGCUGGCGGCGGUGGCGCGGCAAAGAGCCAAUACGACGAUGACCUUUUUGUGAGCCAAGUGUCUCCCAACGAGUAUGCGACGAUACCUAAUGACGGCAUAACAAUACGCGUAUACAGCCGAAAAGUGGGUGGAUAUGGCAGAUCUCAAGCACCCCAAUGGUCAGCUGAAGUAGUACGAAGCAAUACUAUGGAGGCCUUGCCGCUGUUAUUGGUCAUCUUCUGCUUGCUGGCGACUGGCCAGGCGUGUUCCCCAAACGGGGCCUGCGGAUGCUGUGGAUGUCGAGCCAAAGCCCGGGCCAGGGCAGCCAAGACGCAUGAUGCUGAGAUGCAAGUCCCAAGCCCCGAAGACGACGGGAAUAUCUUUGGCCUGUCAAUCUGGAACCGAACGGACUUGAGGGUUGACCAGGAGACGUUGCCACUGCUUACGAACCCAAAUCAUCUCUUCCACCGGUGCUGCGAGGAGCGCGCGCUUCCGAAGGCCUGCCGCCAGCUGUGUCACUUUAAUGCUUAUACCAAGCAGGCCCUAGAAGACAUAUACCUCGGUCACAGCGAAUGCCCCCUAGAAUUCGUCCCGGAAAUCCAGUUCUGCUCCGCCCAGGGGAUGGACCAACGAAAGUGCUGUGUGGAAUCUGGGGUCGGGGAAUCGUUGGCUGGCGGAAAAUGCGUCCUCUUCUGCGACCAGACCCCGGACAAAUUUACCCCAGUGGACCACAGCUACCUGCCGUGUGUUGAAAAACUCGAGCCGAUGAAGCGCUGCUUCUACGAUGGCAUUGGAGCACGAGCUCGGCGUCACUUUGGAAAGGACUCGCGCGGAAUUCAAGAAUUC